CUUUUUUUGCGAGGAGCUUGGCCCGCCUGCCCGCCGAGACCGACCGACCACCGAACUUCUUCAAUGGCCUGAUUCGGAGCAUCCCCGAGAAUUUGCUAGGCCAAUUCGACAUCACUACCACUGCCACUGCCACUGCCACAGCGACCACUACCACCACCGUAUACGACCAAUUUCCUCCGGCGACGAUUCAAGAGUGACGCCGACUCCCCGAGCAUGCUUUCCAGAACGAUCCCAAGGAGAUGGGCCUCCUCGCUGCGGAGCGCCGCCGCACGACAGACGCAGCAGCAGCAGCUCAGAGCGCAGACGCAACGGAGAUGGGCGACAGCCGCGCCGAAGCCCGGGUCGGGACCGCUGAUGGAGCGCCGCGCCGACCGAGAACUCCCAGACCUCAGCCAAAUCACCUUCCGCUGGUCCCGCACUCUGCCCCUCUUCGCUGCCGUCAUCGCCGCCUGCAGCGUCGCCAUUUUUAACUACCAAAAGUCGUCGUCCCCAGUCAUCGCCUCGACGCUGUACGCGCUGCGGACGUCGCCCGCCGCGCGCGAGCUGCUGGGCGACGAGGUGCAGUUCAAGCACCAGAUCCCCUGGAUCUCGGGCGAGAUGAACCAGUUGCACGGGCGCAUCAACAUCGCCUUCAGCGUCAAGGGCACGCGCGGCGAGGCGCUGAUGCGCUUCGCGAGCUACCGCACCUCGCACAAGGGCCUCUUCGAGACGACCGAGUGGAGCCUCGAGACGCCCGACGGCCGCAGAAUCGAUCUGCUCGACGGGGCGGACCCGUUCCAGGGCAUUGUGGCGGAUGAGCUGGAUGACGACGUGGACGAACAGGCUGCAGCGGCGGCGGCGGCGACGAGGGGGUUCAGGCAGACAACUCUUAAAUAGAGGCACUCACUCCAUGGGUCUAAUUGACGCGGAGGGGAGAUAGGGGCGAGGCGUCUGUAACACGAUGCCGAACGAGGACGUUGGUUAAAUGGAGCGGAGCACCUCGGAAGUUACAGCUUAAAAGCACACACAUGGUGGUCAUUGGGUGGUUUAUGAUUUGGAGGGCGAGAUUGCGGCCCUAAGCUUUGCGCCUCUCGUAAGAGGGGCGAUGGAUGAUGGUGGUAAAUGUACAACAUGUAUAGUACACGGACUUUUUCGU